UCACCCGGCUCGGGGAGCCACAGAGCCAGCUCAGCCAGCGCUCCCGCCAGCCUUCCCGCAACAGACACAGACCCUCCGAGCUGAGACCCAUGGCCCGAGCCGCGACCGCCGCCGCCCCCCGGCUCCUCCGCGCCGCGAUGCUGCUCCUGCUCCUGGUGGCCGCCUGCCGGCGCGCGGCAGGGGCGCCCGUGGUCAACGAACUGCGAUGCCAGUGCCUGCAGACCUUGCAGGGGAUUCACUUCAAGAACAUCCAGAGCGUGAAGGUGACGCCCCCCGGCCCCCACUGCGACCAAACCGAAGUCAUAGCCACUCUCAAGACUGGUCAGGAAGUGUGUCUCAACCCCGCCGCCCCCAUGGUUAAGAAAAUCAUCGAUAAGAUGCUAAACAAGGCCAACUCCAACUGACCAGGUGGAAAACGGAGGCUCUUGGAUGGCUGUUCCAGAAGUAGGCCCUGCCCCUACAGAAAUCAAAGAGGGAAAAGAGGAAUCACCAGCUCCUAAGGCCACCUGGAUCAGGCUUAAUAUGUUCGAACAUCUCUUAGGAGGGUUCUUCUACUUAUUUACUUACUUAUUUAUUUAUUUAUGUGUUGCUUGGGUUUCAAAGAUUCUAUGUUAAUAUUUACAUGUGACAUGAUUAAGGAUGUGAUCAAAUCUACUUGCACAUCCUAUCAUUAUUGGCAUUAUUUAUUUUCUGAAAAAAAAGUUUAUUUAGUCCUGAUUCUUACUGAGUUUGAAGUAGAAGGUUUGCAAAUGUUUGCCAGUCAUUAAAUUAAUAUUUCUGAGGAGCCCACAUUAUGCUGGCCCUUGUGUCAGAAGCUGGAGGGUGGAAACAGAUAGUGAACUCAUUGUCGGGUGGGGGGAUGCAUGUUUUUGUAAAUGUUUUUGUAAAUGCAUGUGUUUGUAAAUGUUUAAAAGAAUGUUUGUUAUUUAUUGAAAUUUCACAGUAUGUGGUCAGCAUUUCUCAUGUUGAAACCUUAAGAGCUGCAAUGUUCUAAAUACCCUUUGGACAUUUUAUGUCUUUCUUGUAAGGCACAAUGCCUUGUUUCAUGUUAAUUAUGCAGUGCUUUUCUAUGUCUGAGAAA